UCUGGUGUACUGUGAAAUUUGGUGCCCAGAUGUUUCAUUCAGGUGAAUGAACGCGCCGUUCAGCGUCGCGUAUUCGCGUAGGUCACUAAACACUAUUACGGCUCAUCAUUUUACUAUUUCAUGUUAUGGAGGGUCUUGAUUUAAAUUCACUUGUACUCUCUGAGAAUCCUCAUAUCGAGGUAAAAUCGCGAUUAUACAAGGUUUGGGAGUUUUUACUGAAUUACGCUGCGCUGCUAUGUUUGUUAGACUGUAUCGUACUCCCUGCUUUGAUAGCUCUAUUUGGUGUGCUGGAUAUAUUUAAUGGCUUAAAUGCGUACAAAACUUCCUUCCACAUCAUUGAGGUUGUGUGUGUCGUUAUUUUGGGCACAUUGGCCAUUGUUGUUAACUAUCGCAAAGGUGGUAAGGUAAAGUUCGUAGCAAUCGGGAUUUCCGGGAUAAUCUUGGUUGUUAUAAGCCAUUUUGUGGCUAGUGGCUGGAUAGAGACUGUAUUAUCUCUUACUGGUUGUGGUAUGCUUUUGGCUUCAAACCAGUUAUCUCGUCGUGGCCACAGCUGUCAUCAUUGCCACCUUCCAGUAUCAAUAUGAUAGUUGCGAUAUCGUAUUGCAUUUUA